UUCUUGAAAGCACGCCGACGAAGCUGCAGCGCUUUUUAAGGAACGUCAACUUUUUCUUCUUCGCCUGUGUCUUCGAUAACCUUAAUCAAAAUGGGUGCAGUUAUGUCGCUUUCGGUCGCAGUGUUGUCAUGAAACAUAGCCGGGCUUGGAGGAAGCAGCUAUUGCUUUGUUAGCUCACAAUCGAGGGAAACACCUGAACCGAGUGUUCCGGUUGAUAACACGUUGACCCAUCAAUGAUUUGACUUGGAUGCGGUGAGCUGUCCAGAUGAGGUGAUGCUGCAUGUGACGUUCGAAGUGAUGCGCUGUCCCAUGCACAGGUCUGUCCUCUCCAAAAAGGGGAUAUGGCCGCCACGCUCCUUCUGCUCCACAAAGCCCCACUCAGUCCAGGGUGAAGACACCGCAGAGACCCGUCUGAACCCCCUUAAUAUCCAGAUGCUGUCGAGAAACCUCCACGAGCAGAUAUUUCGGGGGCUGGAGCCUGCGUACAAAGAAGAAGAUGUGCAACGCGGCGUAAGACACUUGCAGAAGCAUCAGCUUCUGGGGAAAGAAACCUCACUGUUACACGAAGUGGAGCUGAAGCUUCCCAAAAUGUACGGGAACAAUAUUGACGAGCACUUCCGUGUUUUGGCUCAGAAGCAGAGUCUUCCCUACCUGGAAGCUGCGGCCGAGCUGCAGAGAGCAGAGCUUCCUCCCACGCCUCAGGAGUGGACACGGCAGGUUGGCUGGACACGGUACGAGUCCAACGGGGAGAGUCACAGGGUUGACUUCCCAGACGAGAUGGCACUUGUGUUUGAUGUGGAGGUGUGCAUGGCAGAGGGACAGUGUCCAACAUUGGCAGUUGCUUUGUCUCCCACACACUGGUACUCUUGGUGCAGCAAACGUCUGAUCGAAGAGCGCUACUCUUGGUCAAACCAGCUCAUCCUCGCUGAUCUCAUCCCAUUGGAGACACCGAUGAACUCUGUCCGUCCACCGGGGGGUCAGUGGAAGGAACGGCUUAUUGUGGGCCACAAUGUCAGUUUUGACAGAUCUCACAUUAAGGAGCAAUACUUGAUAAAGGGGUCUAAGGUGCGCUUCAUGGAUACGAUGAGUCUGCACAUGGCUAUCUCAGGACUGACUGGCUUCCAGCGCACACUAUGGAUGGCCAAUAAGCUGGGAAAGAAGGUGGGCCUCCAGGAGGUCAGCCAGCACAUGAAGAAAGUGGGACAGAAAAAAGAUGGCCCUAAGAUUGGAUUUUGGGACUGGGUGAAUAUUAGCAGCAUCAACAACUUAGCCGAUGUCCAUGCUCUGUAUGUGGGAGGGCCACCGCUGCAGAAAGAGAUGAGAGAGACCUUUGUAAAGGGCACCAUGAUGGACGUCAGGAACCACUUCCAGGAGUUGAUGCAGUACUGCGCCUCAGAUGUUCUGGCAACGCAUCAAGUAUUCAUUGAACAGCUACCUCUCUUCAUGGAAAGAUGUCCCCAUCCUGUGACAUUUGCUGGAAUGCUGGAGAUGGGUGUGAGCUACCUUCCCGUCAAUCAGAACUGGGGACGAUACCUGGAGGAUUCCCAGGACAUUUAUGAAGAGCUCCAAAGAGAGAUGAAGAAGUCUCUCAUGACUCUAGCUGAUGAUGCAUGCCAGCUUCUGGAGGAUGAGAAAUUCAAAGAUGAUCCUUGGCUUUGGGACCUUGAGUGGGACGUGCAUGAGUUCAAGCUGAAAAAACUGCCAGCCAGCAAAAAGAAACAGUCCAAAAAAGCAGUUGAAUCCCAAACUGCUGCUCCUCUUGCAGACUGGAUGGAAGACGCAGGUCCACCAUCUGAAGAGGACACUGUAACAGGUCUUUGCCCCAGCAGGCUAGCUGUGGAUAAUCUGAAGAAAACGGUGAAUCGACUUCCCAAGAGAAAGCAACACCUGCCCGGACAUCCUGGGUCUGAUCGCCAGCAGUCAGAACUUUACCUUCACUUUCCACUUUUCUUCAUUGUGUUCUACGUCACCAGGUGGUAUCGUAAACUGUGUGAGAAGAUGUCGGCGGACAGCUGGUCGCCCGGAACGAGUCUCAUCAGUCUUCAGAUGAGAGUGACCCCGAAACUGAUGGGUCUGACGUGGGAUGGAUUUCCCCUGCAUUAUACAGAGAAACAUGGCUGGGGGUAUCUGGUUCCGGGACGCAGGGAUAACUUGGACUCUCCGGACGGAAACAUAAGGCCAGCCAUUUGCCCUCACAGAGAGAUUGAACGCAUUUACAGAGAGUACCGUGAGCAGAACAGCAAGGGGGGUCCUGAGUAUGUAGACUGUGUACCAUCAGAUGACCUUAUCUGGACAGACAGUGCUGUUUGGGCAAAGGUGGAGGAGUAUGGAUCACUGGAGAGACUAACAGAGGAACAUGGAGUCAAAGCGGUGACAAAUGGGAAGCAACAUCUUAGCCGCAAGACCAAUGCUGCCCCAGAGGAGAGUCACUGCCACUAUCACCAAGGAAUCGGCCCCUACAACGAUAUAGACAUACCUGGAUGUUGGUUUUUCAAAUUACCACAUAAGGACGGUAAUCAAAAUAAUGUCGGCAGUCCUUUUUCAAAAGACUUCCUGCCUAAGUUGGAGGAUGGUACUCUAAGAGCAGGAAGGGCUGGGACCAAUGCAGCUCGUGCGUUAGAGAUCAACAAAAUGAUAUCCUUCUGGAGGAAUGCCCAUAAACGCAUAAGCUCCCAGAUGGUGCUGUGGCUACGGAAAGGCGAGCUUCCUCGUUUUAUGAGCAGGCACAAGGACUUUGAUGAAGAGGGGCAGUACGGUGCUAUAUUACCUCAGGUGGUCACUGCAGGAACUGUCACACGAAGGGCUGUGGAGCCAACAUGGCUGACUGCCAGUAAUGCACGGCGGGACAGAGUGGGUAGCGAGCUUAAGGCGUUGGUGCAAGCCCCACCAGGUUACCACCUGGUUGGAGCCGACGUGGACUCUCAAGAGUUGUGGAUUGCAGCUGUGCUCGGAGAGGCCCACUUUGCGGGCAUGCACGGUUGUACGGCCUUUGGCUGGAUGACACUUCAAGGAAAGAAGAGCCAGGCCACUGACCUGCACAGCCGCACUGCCGACACUGUGGGCAUCAGCAGGGAGCACGCCAAGGUGUUCAACUACGGCCGCAUCUACGGUGCAGGACAACCCUUCGCGGAAAGGCUGCUGAUGCAGUUCAACCAUCGCCUUAGUCAGACAGACGCUGCCAGUAAGGCCAGACAGAUGUACGCUUUGACAAAGGGGUUACGCAGAUAUGAACUAUCGGACGAAGGUGAGUGGCUGGUCACUGAGCUGGGAAUUGAAGUGGAAAGGGAGGAAGAUGGAAGCGUAUCCCUCCAGGAAUUGCGAAAGAUUAGUAGACUGGCCUCACAGAGCUCUCGGCGAAGGAAGUGGGAUUUGGUGGGCAAACGGAUGUGGUCAGGAGGGACGGAGUCGGACAUGUUCAACAAACUGGAGAACAUUGCCCAUUCAGCCCAGCCAGCGACACCUGUGCUGGGCUGCAGGAUUAGCAGAGCUCUGGAGCCCAAGGCAGUAAAGGAUGAGUUCAUCACCAGCAGAGUGAACUGGGUGGUCCAGAGCUCGGCAGUGGAUUACCUUCACCUGAUGCUGGUGGCGAUGAGGUGGCUCUUUGAGGAGCACGACAUCGACGGGCGCUUCUGCAUCAGCAUCCACGACGAGGUGCGGUACCUCGUCCGCAGCGAAGACCGAUACCGAGCGGCAUUGGCGCUGCAGAUCACCAACCUUCUUACCAGGUGUACGUUUGCGCACGUAUUGGGCAUGCAGGACCUUCCACAGUCGGUCGCUUUCUUCAGUGCAGUUGACAUAGACGCGUGUCUGAGAAAAGAGGUCACCAUGGACUGUGUGACCCCCUCCAACCCCACGGGUGUGGAACGAAAAUACGGUCUUCCUCCUGGUGAAGCCUUGGACAUCUACCAAAUAGUUGACAUCACCAAAGGUUCCCUCAAUAAAGGAAGAUAGCUUCUUAUAGAGAGGCAAAGGACACUUGGAAUGCAAAAUGGAGAAGGCCCUGCAAGCUCAUCAGCAUGCAAGCUGGCGAUGUGUGUAACCAACAGGAGCAGCUCAUUGUUUUCGCUUCUUUUUGGGGGGUUCUUGAGUCUCUUCUGCUUCUUGUGAUGCAACCUUAAAGGAACAGAAACAAGUGCAAACAGUGAAAGCACACACCGGAACAGUGUGAUCGCCAAUAUAUGGAGAUGACACUUACCGCCACAGUGUUGUCCUGCUCCUGCAGUGCUGCAUCCAGAGUAGCAGUAUUGAUGCGGAAAUCUCUCGAGGUGCUCAAUUUCAUGUAUUGCAUCAGAUUUACCUGGACAAUGCACAUAUGGUAAAUGUUGCUGAAAUUAGUUCCAUUUGUUUUCUUUACACAUUUUCCACAGAUGCUCACACAUACCUUAGACUUCUUUGAGAGUGUAAUGAGGUAUUUCUCAUACUGUUCAAUGCUGAAGAUCAAGUUGGGAAUGGCCUUUGUCUGACGCAGAAGUUUUGCCUACCCAGAAAGCAAGAUGGGUGUAGUCACGUAAUCCUUUCUUUUGAAAUGUACGUUAUACAAAAUUAUACACACUUUAUUUUGUUUGAAUUAAAAAGAAAUUGUUUUAUCAAA